UACACGCGACACACGGAAACGGGCGCUGUUGAUGCUCCUUUUCCUAGCCACCCUCUGACAGGUGCCCAACGGGCCCUGCGGGUGCGAAAACUAGCCACGCUCCCGGGGGUAUGCCCUGUAACUCUGAGCGGCGCGGGAGCUGGGACCCUGAAGUUUCUUCCCCUUCCCACCCCUGGGCCAAGUUCAGGGUCACGAGUGCUCACAUACGGCAGCUUAAAGUGGAAGGGGCCACUCGGUCCAGCCAGCGCGGAGGCCCAGGACGGCCAGUGACCUGUCGCAAAAGCUGAGGCUCAGUUUCUAGACCGCGCCGGGUGUGGGGCGGGGCGGCCUACGGGGUCCCGGAAGGUUAGGGCGCAUUUCCGGAACACUUCUGCAGCCAAUCAGCGUUAAGACCUUCCUCCUUCACCGGAAAGCGCUGUCUCCCGGAGCAACUAGCCAGACCGCUGUCUUCAGUUUGUUGGCGGGAAAAGGCCAUGAGUAAAAGCCGGGCCGAGGCUGCGGCCGGAGCCCCCGGGAUCAUCCUGAGGUACCUGCAGGAACAAAACCGGCCCUACAGCGCGCAGGACGUGUUCGGAAACCUACAGAAGGAACAUGGGCUGGGCAAGACGGCGGUGGUGAAGGCUCUUGAUCAGCUGGCCCAGCAAGGCAAGAUCAAAGAGAAGACGUACGGCAAGCAGAAAAUUUAUUUUGCCGAUCAGGACCAGUUUGACACAGUGAGUGAUGCUGACCUCCACAGCCUCGAUGCCAAAAUUGUGGCCCUCACUGCCAAGGUCCAGAGCUUACAGCAAAGCUGCCGCCACAUGGAGGCUGAGCUGAAGGAAUUAACAAAUGCGCUGACCACUCCCGAGAUGCAGAAAGAGAUCCAGGAGUUAAAGAAUGAAUGUGCUCGUUAUACAGAGAGGCUGAAGAACAUCAAAGCAGCCACCAACCAUAUCACUCCAGAAGAGAAAGAGGAGGUGUACAGAGACAGACAGAAGUAUUGUAAAGAGUGGAGGAAGCGGAAGAGAAUGACCACCGAGCUGUGUGACGCAAUCCUUGAAGGAUACCCCAAGAGCAAGAAACAGUUCUUUGUAAGUGACGCUUUCUCUUGCUCCCCUGGGAUCUUUGUCCAGAGGACUCCUUCAUUCCUUUCCUUGCCCCACAGGAGGAAGUCGGGAUAGAGACUGAUGAAGAUCAUAAUGUCACACUCCCAGACCCCUGAGGGGCCCUUGGUGGAGUCUGGGAGCGGAUGUCCCGGGCUGGCUGCUUUGUUUAGGUGGCCUUACGGUUUUUGCUGGUCUCCACCUUUGAGUGGUGGGGAGGGAAGUACAAAGCUGGUAAUCAGAAAGAGAUGUUCACGUCCAUUUUGUUGUCCGUAUUACAGAGGCCUCCGCAAGGACUUAGAACAAUCCUAAGGGAAAUUAUCUAGAAUAUUUAUUGUAAUAUAAUUUGAUAUAAAAAUACUUAAUUUCCUCUGGAUUAUCAAACCUCCCAGAUAUCAAACCUGGGGAAGGCAACAGGGAACACUGGGGAGAAAAGUACAGAAAGGUUUUCAUACACCCAUCAUUUGGGAACCCUAAGGCAUCAGCCAGGCCUACCCCCCAGAUGACCUGAGUGUCUCCUGUAGCUAUCCCCAAGUUCUAGGAGGAAUGCAGGCGACACUGGUGCUGGUAGCUGAGCAGACACAGCACACAGAGACGGCUGGCUGCUCGGGGGGUCACUGGGAAUUUGGGGAAACUAACAGAAGCGCACUGUUGGUGUUUAGAAAAUAAAUUCAAAUGUGUUAUGCUGUGA